AAUAUGAAUUUAAGAGGCCAUCAACGAUGUGAUUUUUCAGUACAGUUUACGGUGGAAAUGGAAUAGGUCCGCCGAAAAAGAAAAGCAGAUUUUGAAAUCGAGAGGGUACGAAAUGAAGUUGUUAUCAAUCGCCCUGGCUUUGGCGGGUCUGACACUCGUCAAUUGCGCCGGUGUAUAUAAGCAGAGAUUCCUCGAGCAAUACAAUAAGAUUCACAAUGAAAAUAAUGGGUAUUUCUCAAAAGAAGGCGUGCCGUAUCAUGCCGUCGAAACCCUAAUAAUCGAAGCGUGCGACCAUGGUCACCAAACUACGUCCGAAGCGUACAGCUACUACAUUUGGCUGGAAGCUAUGAACGGCGCCAUCAGCGGAAACUUCUCGUCGUUCAACGCUGCCUGGAAGAACAUGGAAGAUUAUAUUAUUCCGUCCCACACAAGUCAACCGAACACGGACUUGUACAACCCCAAGAAUCCAGCAACGUACGCGCCUGCCAUGGACACCCCAGAACAAUGGCCAACAUCUCUAGAACCCGGAGUUCCCGUAGGCGAGGACCCUCUUUUCCAAGAGCUCCAAACCACCUACAACACCUACGAUGUAUACGCGCUGCAUUGGCUCCUCGACGUAGACAACACAUACGGCUUCGGUGAUAGCCAAGGUACUUGUUCGGGUGGCCCCAGUGUGAAGAAGCCAUCUUUUAUCAACAACUACGGAAGAGGGCCGUCAGAAAAUGUCUGGAUGGCCAUCCCCUCGGGAAUCUGCGAGGCAUUCAAGUACGGUUCCAAGACAGGGUUCUCUGGCAUCUAUUCCAAAGGUAAUCCCGUUCCGAAUUGGAAGUUUUCCGUCGCUCCCGACGCGGAUGCCCGAGCCAUCCUGGGAGCCUUCUGGGCCUCUAGGUGGGCUACCGAAAAGGGGGAGCUGUCCCAGAUAACAGACACUUUGGCGAAAGCUAGUAAGUUGGGAGACUAUCUACGGUACGCCAUGUUCGAAAAGUACUUCAAGCGGGUGGGGAACUGCAUCGACCCUUACAAAUGCCCGGGGGGACACGACCGAGAGAGCGCGCACUACUUGCUCUCCUGGCACGUCGGAUGGGGUGGCUCCGUUUCUCGAAACGGCGGGUAUGCUUGGCGAGUUGCAGAUGCUACCGUGCAUUUUGGAUAUCAGAAUCCUUUAGCCGCAUACGCUUUGUCCCAAGAACCCACUUUGAAGCCAAAGAGCCCGACCGCGGCCCAAGAUUGGGCCGCCUCAUUGGAAAGGCAACUGGAAUUCUACGAAUACGUUCAGUCGGCAGAAGGAGCCUUUGGAGGAGGAGUCGUCAAUUCUUGGAAAGAUCGAUACGACACCCCGCCAGACGACAUAGCUUCGAGCACUUUCCACGGAAUGUUCUACGACUGGCAACCAGGUGGUCACAAUCCGCCAUCCACCAGGUGGUUUGGCAUGCAACCUUGGUCUACGGAUCGGUUAGCGCAAUAUUACUACGUAACAGGUGAUAAAAAGGCCAAGGCGAUUUUGGACAAGUGGGUGUCAUGGGUCAUUUCGGAAAUCACCUUUGAGGGCGACAAUUACAAGCUCCCUAACUCGCUGGAGUGGAGUGGAGUCCCUCCGAAUGUCCACGUGAAAGUCGCUGACUACGGCAGCGGUAUUGGACCGGCAGCUGCUACGGCUAGAACACUGUCUUACUACGCGGCCAAGUCCGGAAACAAAGCAGCUAAACAAGUUGCUAAGAAGCUUUUGGACGGAAUGUGGAAGUUGUAUCGAACCAACCUAGGUAUAUCGUCCGAAGAGCAGCCUGACUAUGAUCAUUUCCAAGAUAAAGUUUACGUACCUCCGGGAUGGAGCGGCGUCUAUCCCAACGGAGACGUCUUGAACUCCUCGUCGACUUUCCUCAGCAUCCGGUCGUUUUAUAAGAAAGAUCCGCAAUGGCACAAGAUUGAAGAACGUUUGAACGGGGGCCCUGCUCCGACGUUUACUUACCAUCGUUUCUGGGAUCAGUCGGAGGUUGCUCUAGCGAUGGGGGCCUACGGACUUUUAUUUAAUGAAUAAAAAUAGCCAUGAAAUGUUUGUAUUUGUGAAAUAAAUUCAACGAAGUGUG